GACGACGGAGAUGGCAGCAUAAAGUUGUAGGCAGGUUGAACUAGGAGUGGGAAUUCGAAUUUCGAAACCUUAUUUCAAGUCAAGUUAUAAAUUCAGAGAUUUUGAAGAUCAAUAAGUUUAACAAGGAAGCAAGAUGAAGGACGAACAUAAACUGAUGAUACAAACAUUGAUGUCAAGAGGUCUGGUAGGAGAGAGAGAACUCAAAGAUAUCUAUAAAACUAUUCAACAAAGAUGUGAGGUGAGAGACAGUCCUACUUUGAAUGAGUUCAAGAAUAUCAUUAACAAGAAACUUAGGGAGGUUUCCAUGGAGAUACGACAAAAACCUGAUGAAGAUACUGGAGAACAGAAGUAUGCUUUGGUACAGACGAUGGAAUCAGAUCUUGGAAAGCUUACCACAGACUAUCUUCCUCAGCAGCUCGAGCUAUUCAAGAAAACAGUUGGUCUGAUAAUGGAUUCUCCUGAAGGAAUGGCAUCAUCUACAGAUAUCUUGAAUCUCAAACUAGAGAGGUUGACUAAGCAAGAUGCACAGGAAACACUUAAUAAGUUUGUCAAGGAACAAUGGCUAAAUCAGGGUGAGGGCUAUGUGUGGAUGACUGGUAGAUCUAUCAUGGAACUUGAGAUGUACCUUAGAAAGACAUAUCAACCAGAUAAAUGUUGGCACUGCAAGGAUAUGGUUAUCAAGGGCCAGGUAUGCACCCAAUGUGAAAUCAAGUUACAUGGAUACUGCCUUGAUAGACUGUUUACAGAUCGUAGGAGAGUUUGUCCAAAUUGUGGCCAACAUUGGUCCUGAUUAACAGUGGAAAGUUGGAGAGAACAGACAUCCAGCAAGCACAUCUGCAGGUGCCAUUGACGUCCAGAUAUGACUUUUUAACCAGCCUUAGGAUUAAGGUCAGGGAUUUAAUACGAUCCUCAACAAAGAGAUGACUUAGUUUGACUAUCAUUUGGAGCACUAUGCGUUAUCAGUGUUUGUGAAACUUGAAUCUGUCAAACCCAGUUAGUUGAAUGAUGCACAUUGUCUGUGUCAAAAGUCAACUCCAGUAGCAUACUGAGUGAUGCCAAUAGACGACAUUUAUAUGGUCAGCAUUAAUUUGUCCGUCUGCUUCUUCACAAAGCUUUAUAAUCAAUCACAUCACUGGUUUUUAAUAUGAUCAAUCACGACGUUUUUGUCUCGCCUGAACAACAUUCUUGUUUUUUGUUCAACAUUUCUUCAUUUCUUCUUCAGUUAUGUUCAGACUUGGUACAUAUCAUCCUUGGAUAAUACCACAUGUGUGUCCAUGAAAAUGAUGGGUAAAAUGUCAUCUACAGGUCAAAAGGUCAAAUGAUAUGCGGUCGUGUCCAUCUUUUUUAGAAGUUUUUGUUCAAAUUGCUCUUGUUUCUUUUUAUCUUCAUCAAUUAUGUUUACACUUGGUACAUAUGAUCCUUGGGUGAUACCACGUGUAUUUUAUUGAUCGCAAAAUCAGGUGAGACUCUUUUUUUAUUUUUAUUGGUGUAUGAAGUUAAUAGCAACUGCUAAGAUCUUGUCUUUGAUCUAAGAUAUAGGAACAGUUCCAAGUUUGAUAAAGCUUGUUUUUAAAUGUUUUUUUUUUUCACUUUUGAUGUCUUUUGUCUGACAUCUUUGUUGAAGUGACAUAAUAUGUGGUACAAACAAAUGUAGGAUAAAACUUUUGUUUGUUUUUUUCUUCAAACCUAUUCAAAGCUUAUACAGUGAUCCAAUAGGAAACACUUCUGCAGAUGUUUCAAUCAUUCUGAAAAUGGACGAAAGAAUUUCUCUUUUUUACCAUUCUGAGCUCUUUUCAUAUGAUUUUCCUUAUUUUUGAUAACUGCACAGUUCUACGGUAGGUGCUUUCUCUUUCUUAUUUUUGAAACUUCAGAAGGAAGGACUGGGGGCCGUUUCAUAAAGCUGUUUGUAAGUUAAAGAUAAAUUCCAGUUCUGGUAACGAUCUCAAAAUGAUUUUUUACAGAAUCCAAUAUAAUGACCACCCAAGUGUCUGUUUGUAUGAAUAAAAAAUCUGUGCCAAAGGAUUCUGGAAGAAAUUGUGUAAUUGCUGAGAAAUAAGCAAAAUAAGCGCGGAUUUGGUCACUUACGUCGGGUCUUUAUUCCAACAAUAAUAAUACACUGUCCCAUGUGUGCCUAUCUGUGUUGGCGAUCUUUAGUGUGACCAUAUUUCAGCUUAGAUUUUAUGAUUUCACAAAGUUCAGUUUAUGUAACUGUACCAGAUCUAGAUCCACGAUGAUAUAGUCAUACUUAACCUUGGUUUUACAGAAUUUCUCACGGAAUUAGUGUUUUACUGCAAUUACUAUCAUUUAGCUUUAAGAACGACUGGUGAACCCUUCUUACGCACUAAACCAUCGCCAAUUCAAUAUACCUUUUACCACAAGAAAUGAUCACCAGUCGUUCUUAAAGUCGCUCUUAACUUAAGAACAGCUUUAUGAAACACCCACCAGGUAUCAUUAUUUCUAUGUAGUUGUAGCAGAUCUUUUUGCAUUAAAAUGGAGAAAUGAAAUGAUAGGUCAUCACCCAAGGUUUGCUGCUCAAAUAUACACCAUGGGGGUGUUUCACAAAGAUUUAAGUGUGACUUAUUGUCAGAUCGUGUCAUGAGGACGUGCACUACUGUGUAUCUAUCAAUAAGAUUGUGCAUUGCAUAUCAUAUAUGCCAGCAUUUAAGUGUGACUUAAGUCAUACGUAAAUCUUUGUGAAACACCCCCCAUAUCACACAAAAGCAAUGCCUGUUACUUCAUGAAAUGAUUUGUGAUAUCUAAUCUUGUACAUUUGCUUCUCUACUUCUUUUCUGACCUACUUUUGGUGUAGUAGUUGUCUUCUGAAUGUAAAACUGAUAUGAUCUUUGAACGCUUGCCUGUUGAUCGUUGAAGGUUUGCCUGUUGGUACUGAAAAGGUGAGGGAUUUAGUUCACCAUGUGAUUAACUGUUAGAAAUGAAAAGAGAAAGAUAAGAGCGAGAAGUACAGUAUCUUUCAGGAUAAAAGCCCUGGGGGCGGGGGGGGGGGGGGUCUGAGGCAGUCAAAUGUAUUGCUGUACACAUGCGUGACCAAAUUAUUUCCAAACACCCCCUAAACAAUUUUUUUGCGGGUUUUAUUUACACAAUUUAGCCCCUAAACAAGUUGUUGCCAGAGUAUGACCUCGGGGGGGGGGGGGGGGGGAACUUGAGAAAAAAAACAUACCCUAAAUACGUUUUACCAUUGACCGGUGUUUCAAAACCACCCAUUUUCUUAAAAAUCUGUGUUUUUGAUACCCUUAACGAGUGCAUACGCAGCCCGCGUCAAAAAACUGAAAAUGAGCACCCGUUUAAAUGCGUUUUUUGGUACAGCGAUAUAUUUGACUACCACCCCCCCCCCCCCCCCCCCCCCGAAUAUUGGAGCAGAAGAGUAUACGGGUUAAGAAGAUCUGGUAGGGAUGAGCAAUGAUGGGCUGUCUAGUUGCCUCAAUGCAUUUUACUCUAUUUUAUCAUCUUAUCACUCCAUCAUACAAUUGUAAACUUCUCCCAUAUUACCUGAACAUCAGUGUUUUGUCAAAGCAUAAAGUGAAUUUUGAAGAAAAAGAAGCCAUAUUAAUGAAAUUGAUAACCUUUACUGAUAUAACGGUUAUGUAUAUAAAAUGUAUGAUAUUUAAGAAGGUUUUAUUAAAGAAAAUUGUAAAAAGUUA